UGGCCCGAGCUGCCCAAGCGGAGCGGACCUCCCCAGCCCCCGGACAGCCGGCGACGCGAGCACGCGGCCCCCGAGGUUAUAGGUUCCAGCCGCCCCCCCUGCAGGGCGCACUUCGGCUUCCAGGAGAGGCCCCUCCUGGAUGCCCGCGGUGGCGGGCCCCGGGAACCGAGGCGGAGGGGGAGACCCCGUGAUUGGCCGUCGUCUCGGAGCUGGGGCCUCGGCGCCUGGGCCGGCCAUGCUCGUCUCGGUGGUGGCGUGCAGCGGGCGCGAGCUCGCGGCCCUGGAGGCCGACCCGUCGUGGCAGCUGGGCGACCUCCUCGUGGCGGUCCCCAAGCCAGAGGGGGCGGCUGGUCACUGGCUGCGAAUCUUCUUCGGGGAGACGGAGCUGUGCGGCGUCGCGACGCUGGGCGAGAUCGGGGUCCAGGGCGGCAGCGAGCUUACCCUCGUGGUCACCAGGUCGCGCCGCAUGGUGACGUGCCACGGGCAUGAGGCGAAGAUCUGGGCCGCCGACUCAGGGGAGUGCCUGCGCACGCUGAUAGGCCACGAGGGCUACGUGACGUCCGCCGUGCUCUCGGCGGACGGUCAGCAGGCGCUGACGGCCUCGUGUGAUCGGACGGCGAAGGUCUGGGGCGCCAGCUCUGGGGAGUGCCUGCGCACGCUGGUAGGCCACAGGGGCCGCGUGACGUCUGCCGCCUUGUCGAUGGACGGGCAGCGGGCGCUGACGGCUGCGUGGGAUGGGACGGCGAGGGUCUGGGGCAUCAACUCCGGGGAGUGCCUGCGCACUCUGGUAGGCCACCAUGGCCACGUGACGUCGGCCUCGUUCUCGGUGGACGGGCAGCAGGUGCUGACGGCCUCGUCGGACUCGACGGCGAAGGUCUGGGCUGCCAGUUCUGGGGAGUGCCUGCGCACGCUGGAAGGCCACCAUGGCCACGUGUGGUCCGCCGUGUUCUCGGUGGACGGGCAGCAGGUUCUGACGGCCUCGUCGGACUCGACGGCGAAGGUCUGGGCCGCCGACUCCGGGGACUGCCUGCGCACGCUGGUAGGCCACCAGGACUCCGUGACAUCCGCCGUGUUUUCGCCGGACGGCCAGCGGGUGCUGACGGCCUCGUGGGACGCGACGGCGAAUGUCUGGGCCGCCGACUCUGGGGAGUGCCUGCGCACGCUGGUAGGCCACCUGGGCCGCGUAACGUCCGCCGUGUUCUCGGCGGACGGGCAGCAGGCGCUGACGGCCUCGCUGGACAGGACGGCGAAGCUCUGGGCCGCCGACUCCGGGGAGUGCCUGCGCACGCUGAGGCGCGCCGGGAACAAGGCCUGCUUCGCGCCGUAGUCGCCCCGCGGCAGGCGGCACCGAGCGGUGGCGCGGGCGAAGGGUCCAUGGAAGCACUUGGCGUCGAACAUCGGCCCCGCGCUCGUGGAGGUGACCUGAGAUGAAGGGACUCGUUCGCAGAUCGAGCCCAACGAGACCGACUACAUAACCUCGGAUUCGGCCGACGUCGACUCGGACAGCAACGUGGAGACUCGCACGGACACCGCAGGCUCCAGCCAGCAGUGAUGGGCAGCACCGCGCCCCCGGAGAGGCCCCGCGGGCGGCCGCAGGCAACACGGCGCGGGUGCAAGAACGGCUCCGGCGGAGCCCGGCCCGGGCGAGCCGCGCGGAGCACUGUGCGCCCGCGGUGCGGAGCGGAGCGGUGCGGAGUGCCGCGCCUCCAAGAAGGAUGACGGAUG